ACACUCCUCUACGCCAUGGCUUCCUGCAAGCUCUACUCUGUGCUGCUCGCCGCCGUCGUGCUCGCCGUUGGCCCGGCCACGCGGCCCGUCUCGGCGGCCACACACCUGCACUUCUACAUGCACGACGUGCUCACCGGCUCGGCGCCGACGGCGGUGCAAGUGCUGAACGGGCCCCGGGGUCACAUGGGCGACACGAUCGUGGUCGACGAUGUGCUGACAGCGAGCGCGUCGCGGUCGUCGUCGAUGGUGGGGCGCGCGCAGGGCCAAUUCAUCUGGGCAUCUACGGGGAACCUGGAGCUGCUGGUGACCAUGAACGUGGUGUUCAGCUCCGGCGGCCCCUACGCCGGCAGCUCCGUCACCGUCGGUGGGCGCGACGACGUCCGCGCGCCGGUCAGGGAGCUGUCGGUGGUCGGCGGCACGGGGCAGUUCAGGAUGGCGCGCGGGUAUGUGCUGUGGAAGACCGUCAGCCUCGUGCCCCACCACAACGCCGUGCUCGAGCUCGACGUCUACGUAAUGUGAGCAACCCCAUGCGUCCGACGUGGCAAGCUCCGAUCCUCUCAUCAACGUAACACGUGUUAAGAAGUAGUGUCAUGCAUGCGUCCAUUCCAGUUAGUAGGUUGAGCUAGUAGCUGAACUAUGUUGUUGUCGUUGUUGUUGUUGUGUUGUGUUGUUGCCGAUGUUGAUGGCAUUGUCAUCUCUCCCCCUCUCUUUGUAACAUGUUGGUCCUCUCAAGGGUCACUCAUGUAUUAGGUGCUUUGCACCCUCCAUUACCGGUGUGCGGUGUACCGGAAUCCAUGGAGAAUAUAUUUAGGUGGAGCGCCUCAGCUCUCCUCGUGUUGUUUAAAAAAAAAGAAUCUACAUAAA